AUGGAGGCGGAUUUGUUGACGUCGCGCUUCGAGAUGGACGAGCUGCUGUCCAAGAUAAAUCCGGACUUGCGACACGACUCUGAUUCCCACAAGGCUAAGGCGGGGCGUCGCCUGGCGGUGCGUCUGCUGGUGGGGGGCAUGGACGGCGCGUCCAGCACGGAGCAGUCGUCGGACGGGCGGGAAGUGUCGGAGCGGCGUGGCCGUCGGAUGCACAAGAGCGCGUCGGAGGCGAACGUCAUGGGAACCGGAUUGCCGGGCGGGUGCGCGGUGGCGGGGUCCAUGGGGGCGUUGACGGGCAGCGGCAAGUGGGUGAAUGGGUCGGCGAUGAGGGCGCAGCUGCGCGCGGAGCAGGAGGAGCUGGCGUUCCUGGGCAUGGAGGCGGAGCGCAUCGAGCGCAGCGGCGUCAUCGACAUCGUCAACCACGACGGCGACGGCGGCGCCUUCCCAAAACACCUCAGCUGGAACUACCGCGGGCUCGACAUCACCCCCAAGGGCAGCAGUAGCGCGGCGGCGGGCGCAGACAGGGAUGGGGGGCCGGGGGUGGAGUCGGUGCUGGCGUCGUGGGCGCAGGAGAGGCGCGAGCUGGCGGGUCAGGUGGGCGCACUGAAGGCGGAACUGAAGCGCAAAGAAAGAGAGCUCAAGGCAGCGGGCAAGGCGAAGGCGGCGGCGGGCAGGGAGGUGGACGCGGUGUGGGGGCAGGUGAGUGCGCUGGAGGCGCAGCUGCACGACGUGCAGGGCGACAAGGCCGCGCUGGAGAAGGAAAUCGAGGGGCUGCGCGCGCUGCACGUGUCCAGUGCGCGCGAUUCAGGGGAGUCAGCGGGCGCGCGGGCGGCGGACACGGAGAUGGCGGGCAUGCUGAAGAUGGUGGGCGACUUCUCCCGCCGCCUCGCUCUCGCGGACGACGCCGUGCGACGCGCCGAGGCAAAGAACGACCAACUAGCUGAGCGGUUGAAGGCGAGCGAGGCGGAGUUGCGUGGAACGAGGGAGGCGCUGCGCACGGCGCAGGAGGAGCGGGACGCGCUGGCGGCGGAGAUGAAGGAGGCGCUGGACACGUGGGCCUGCACCGGCUCUGCACUCCCCACCCCCCCGCUGCCACCCCUGGCACAGGGGGCAGCAGCGGCAGUGGCAGCGGCAGCGGCAGCGGCAGCAUGGGUGUGGGCAUCAAGCCCGUCAGUGGCAUUGGUUGAGCACAUGGGCGAGGCCAUGGGCAGGAUCCGCUUCCCGGGUGCUGCCCAGCCCACGCAUGCCAUGCAGCAGCGGCAGCAACGCGCAUGGGAUAUUGCUGCUGCAAGCAAGUCGGGACGACGUGGGUACAGCGGUGGUGGUGGCGUGAGGCGGCCACCCCGGGACUCCAAGACAUGGGCAGUGCAGUUUCACGCCCUCUCAUGCAGCCCCUCCCCUCCUUGA